AUGCUAAAAAAUAAUUACUUGCAUCGUGAAGGUCGGAGCAAAGAUGCGUCUGGAACACAGAUUGUUGAAGUUCAACCUUAUCUUUCCGAAAAACAACAGGAAAUUCCUGACUUAUCUUCAAUCUCACAGCAACUUACUGUUCCAUUCCACUUACCUUUACUGGAAAGACCAAUUCUCAUUGUCAUCACUACAGCUGUGGUAUCUGCUUUAUACCUGUUAUUUUGUCGCAGAAGUGACUAUUCUGCGUGUAAAAAAUCAUUUCAUGGCUUUAAUGUUCUUAUCACCGGUGGUUCAAGUGGAAUCGGUCUGUCUUUGGCAAAACUGUUUUACAGAGCUGGUGCAAAUGUUACAAUUGUCGCUCGUGACCGCAAAAAACUAGAGUCGGCUAAGGAAGCCAUAAAAUGUGUGAAAGAUGGAGAGAACAACGUAUUUAUUUUAUCGACUGAUUUAACUUCAGACUAUGAUGUUUUGAAUGAAAUCUUCAUCAAACAUGUGGCUCUUUAUGGACCUAUUGACAUUUUAAUAAAUUGUGCUGGAUAUGCUGUUGCACGCAAGUUCUUGGAUACUUCUACAGAUGACAUUAAAGGCAUGCUGCAAACUAAUUAUUUGUCUGCUGUUCAUGUAACGCGUAUUUUACUACCUUCCAUGUUGGAUCAAAAAGUUCACCAAACCCAUGAGCGACGUAUUGCCUUUGUUUGCAGUCUUGCUAGUCAAGUAGGUGUCUACGGUUAUGCAGCGUACACAGGCAGUAAGUAUGCUUUACGUGGGUUUGCCGAAGUUUUGGAAAUGGAAUUGGGUUACAAAGGCCCAUAUGUAACAAUAGCUUUCCCGCCAGAUACAGACACCCCAGGAUAUGCUCGUGAGAACACUGGCAAACCGGCAGCUACUAAAGAAAUAUCUGCAACUACAGGUUUAGCAUCGCCGGAUGAUGUAGCUAAAUCAAUCUACUUGGAUAUAGUGAAUGGAAAGUUGGUGAGUACUUAUGGACUAGAAGGAGCACUUCUUUCUUGGACAACUGCUGGUAUAUUGCCUCCUGUGAGUGUACGGUGCCGUUGUCGCUCAGAUUUUCUUCGGGGAAUAAUUGGGGCUUGUUUGGAGAUGGUAGCUGCAACACCACUUCGUUUCAUUGGAAUAGCGUAUGCUUUUUGGAUGAGAUAUAUUUCUUUUAGGCAUAACAGCUAA